GGUGACCGCCAUUUUUGCAAGUGAUUCUCCCACCAUUUUGAAUUUCACGCUAAAACUUUGAUCGGAAUUUUGACAAUACUAUAGAAGAAAUAUUUAUUAGCCGGCUAUAUUAUUGUCAACUAUGAGGUCAUAGACUGUGUAAAAGAAAGUAGAAAAGAUGCUUCCUCUCUUUAAGAAGUCCCACAUACAUUCCCGCACCAUUGAAGAUCUUAUAAAGACAGGGGCCAUCACUGGCGAAUAUGCUGAAGAAAACAAUAAACGCAAUGCUUUACGGCAGGCCAGUCUGCUUUACAGAAUCGUGGACGGAGAGCUGUUCAGACAUGGUACAGAGAGAGAGUAUCAGAAAUACGGUCUUCGUAUGGUGGUACAUGAUGACCAGCCUGAGAAAAAAGCAGAAAUUAUUGCCAAAUGCCAUGUGGAUAACAUAGGGAACCAUCUUGGGAUGAACAAUACGAUAAAGAAUGUCUGCGACACUUACUACUGGCAGGGUAUUUCAGCACAUGUGAAGAUGUACCUGAAACAGUGCAUUCAGUGCAAAAACAGGUCAAAAUUCACUGCAGAUGAGUGGCUUGAACUUGAGAGAAAAAAUAUUGACAAGAAGAAAGCACAAGCUCAAGUUUCUAAUGAGGCACAGCAAGAAAUAAAAAAUCUUGGACGUGUCAAGAAACCCACACCCCCCGAAACUUUCUUCAUUGUCAAUGCUGAAAGGAAAAUCGAUUUAGAAUCUGCAGAGGCUGAUGCCGGAAUAAUGAUCGAUUCCAAUAAUAUUGAGUAUGUUGUUGAAACAUUGGGACAGUCUGAUGGGGUAGAUUUAGAGGAGGUUUGUCAUGUUAUGAACGUACCCGAUAUCGUUCCCAUACCAGAACGUUUCCGGUCCAGAGAGAUUGAAGCUUUUAUCCGAGACGGUUCUUACCCAGAUGAUUUCACCUCAAAUAUGAAAUGUGGGCUAAGAGGUCCUGCUGCCCAGUAUAGAAUAAUUGACGAUGAAUUGUACCAUGAGGGAAAUAAGGUCGGAAGUAAGGGACUGAGACUAGUAAUUCAUGAUGAUCUUCCGGCACUAAAGGUGAAAGUUAUGGUUGAAUGUCACAUUGAUGAGGAUGGAUCACAUCAUGGCCUAAAUAAGACACUAAACAGGAUUGGAGAGAAGUACUACUGGACAGGGAUGUCCGUAGAUGUGAGAAAGUUUAUGGCACAUUGUAAAAUAUGCAGUGAACAGCGCGGCAAAAGAGCUAUGUAUGAUGGUAAAGAAUAUGAGGAAGAGGCUCAACAGGUGAAGUCGAGACAUUUGAAAAAAAUGAAUGAAGAAGAGCCAUCUGGUUCUAAUAUGCAACUUGCGGCUGUUCCAGUGAGUUAUGAUAGCACAGAUAUUGAGCCAGCUGAAGGUCUUGAACAAGAGGGUCAUCAAGUUAUAAGACUUAUUGGUCCAAAUAAAGAGGUCACAGAAAUAACUGUUGCAGUUGUGAACCAAGAGACUGUGACAGCGGAAAACACAAACCAAAUUAUGCAGGAAGGUGGAAAUGAUGAAGAGUAUUGUGUAGUGGCUGGAACUGUUUCAAAAGGACAGUCUCUGGUAACUAAGGAAAUGACAGAUGCUGUUGCACAAAUUGAAGCAGUUGAAGCUGCAAUGGAAAUGGCUGAGUUUAGAAAACAGCGAAUUGUCAAAACUGAACAGAUAAAGCAGGAAGAUCAAGUGGAAAAUUCUGAUAAUACUGAGGAACCUGAACAGUUUGUUGUAAAAAAUGAGCCAGACGGACAUGAUGAAUAUACAGAAACAGAAACUGAAGACAAGCAGGAUGAAGAAAACCAUACUGGGGAUGUGGCAGAUGAAACCAGAACAGCUGAAGCUGAAAAGGAAUUGACACAAGUGGAAGGUGAGAUGACGCAGAUAGAAACAGAAGAAGGUGUCCUUAACGUUCUUAUCAUCAAAGAAGGGGAAGAAGAGCAGCAGAAAGAAGCUGGUGGCAAAGCCAAAAUUAAUGCAGAAGGAAACCUAGAAUCAGAAGAAUCUGGCAAUAUUGUUGUACUAGGCUCGGGUGAAGAACAAACUUUGCAAGAGAUUGCAAGGCAAAAUGACAACCAAGUAAUGGACGUAACUGGUUCAGUUUCCUUUUACAAAGAUGUUAUAUACGUACCUGGCGUCUUGAAGACCAGAAUCAUUGAAAACUUUCUGAAGGUAGGAGCUGGAGCAGAGGGUUUCUCACAUUCCAAGUUGAUGGAGAUGUCUGAAAACUUUGAAAUAGUGGAUGACGUUCUGUAUAGACGACCCUCUCGUUACAAAGGCCGGCAAAUUGUCAUUCAUGAUGAUAAUCCAGAGGUGAAGUUGAAACUAGUAACAGAGCUCCAUCUGAAACGCAAUGGUACCCACUGCUCGGAGCUUAUAACACACCAGAAUGUGGCGUUCAAAUACUUCUGGGAAGAAAUGAAAUGGGAUAUACACCGCUGGUACCCGACAUGCAAGGUUUGUGUGAAUGAUAACGGAAUCGAGCGAAGAUCAAACAAGAGGAUUCUAAGUGUUGCAGAGCAGAAAAGAUUACUUGAAGAAAAACGAAGAGAAAAUCGUGUGUCUGGCACAGCCACUUUACGAUCCCGUGAUUUCAGAAAUAAAGUCAAACACAAAAUUCAUCAAAUAAAUAUUAUGGAGAAUCAAAGACAGCCACAUGUCAUCCAGAUUACAGGUUCUGGUUUGAAGAACAUGGAUGGGACUCGAAGUCAAGCAGAGUCCAAAGGUUGGGAACUUCCAAACGAGGAGUCAGAUGUGGAGAUUCACAUUCCUGAGGGUGGACAAGAUGGGAAAGCACAUGUUGUGAAAGUCAGGAAAAACCCAGGAUGGAAUGUUUUAUAUGACUUGUUGAUAUAUGCCACAUUAGAACAAGAGCAGCAUGUCAAAGAGAUGUACGCAGAGAAAGGCUGGGAAUAUAAUUUGGUAUCAUUAACGAAGGCAGUGGAUGAGGAAAACUUGAAUGAUGAUGAAGAUUACUAUUUGCUGACAAUGAAAGUUACUUCUAUUCAAGAGAAAGCUAUAAAGGACCUUUUCAAAACAAUGGGGCUAGCUAUAGAAGCCUCUGAUGAUUCAAAACACUUGAGCAAGUCAGUCUCAGAAAGGUUUGCACAAACUCAACCUCCAGCCUUGAAGGAAAGGGAACCAGUUUCAAAAAGGCCUGAAACCACUCAGAAACAGGCACAGGAACCAGUAAACAAGAAAGAAGUUCUUGUAAAGAAACAGGAAGCAGUUAUGAAAGGACAGAAACCAGCUGACCAGAUAGAGGAACCAGUGGUACAGGAACUGGAAGUAGAUAGCCAGAAUGAUGAAGUAGGAAGAGAAGCAACAAAGACAAGAACAGAAGAACUAGAAAAUCACUUGAAAGAAUUGCCAAUAGCAAAGCAGACAGCAGUACAAGCUCCUGUAAUACCAGUCCAUGCAGAACUUAGGAAAACGCAGAACAGGGAACAGUCUUUAAUUGAAACAACUGUCGUAAAGACAGCAACGAGAAAAAAGACAGACAGCAUUGAGUCACCUUCUGAGCCAAAAAUAAGAAAGAUUGACAAUACUGUAUCCCCUGUUGAACUGAAAGCAAGAAUGCCAGACAGUAGUGUGUCACCAGUAGCACAAUCAACGAGGACGAAUGCCAGCAUUGAGACAGCUGUCACACCAGUUGUUCAAAGUACACGAAAGGCAGCCAACUUAGAAUCACCAGUUAGACCACUGACAAAAAGGUCUACUAGCAUUGAGUCACCAAGUAAACCAGUAAUCAGAAAGACUGCAAAUGAUGAUUCACCAGUCACACCAAUUGUUGAUAAAACAGCAAUAAAGAGAAAGAUAAAUGAACCACCAGUAUCUGAGAGUCGAAGGUCGAGACGAGAAAUAAAAAAGCCAAGGAGGUUUAGCCCAGAUAGUUCACCUCCCAAAUCAGUAACUGUAAAGACUGAUCCAGAGAGUCCAAAGGCAGAUACUGUUGCUGAAGUGGUGGAGACUGUUGAUGAGAAUCAACUAGAAACCCCCAGGAGAACAAAAUCAAGAGGAAAGGCACUGACAGAAAGUACUGAAGUUGUUAGUUCCCCAAAGAAAAUUUUACUGGAGACCCCAAAAACAAGAAGCGCUAGAAACACAAGGGCCACACAGAAUUUUCCUGAAAAAGAUGUGUCAAAAAACAUUAGAUCGAAAGGCGAAUCACCAGAAGACCAAAAGGAGGAAGUAACGGAAGACCAAAAGACUGUAAAAGUGAAAGAGAAAGUCAAAGCUAAGGUUUCUGUUAUGAGUAAGGGUAGAAUACGAGUAAAGAAAGUUCCAAAAGAGCUCAGUAGUCAGAAUACUGCAGAUUCAAUACAUACAGAAAAUUUACAGGGAAAUAUAGAUGAAACAGAGAAAGAUGUAGAAAUGGAAGAUGAAGAAUUAAAUGAUGACAAGAAAAAAUCUGAAGGAAGCAAACAGAUUGAGAUUGUUGAGGAAGAUGGUGAUGAAGAUUUGGCAGAUAAGUUCGAUGAUGAUGAUGAUGAUGAUGAUGACUAUGACGAUGAUGAAAUGGAUGUUGAGGAAUCAGAAGACAUGAGAGUAAUCAUUCUGAAAGAUGAAAUUGAAAGUAUGGAAGCUGUUGAAGUAGAAAAAGGAUUUGCCUGUUCUCUUUGUGAUGCAAAAUUUCCGAAUAAAAGCAAGUGUGUUCAACAUGGACAGAAGAGUAAUUGUUACAAUAAAUGUGAACUAUGUGGUAAAUUAUACAAGAAAAAAGACCAGGAAGAAUAUAAGCACCAUGCAGAACAGCACAAGAAAAAUGAAAAAUUUCCUUGUACAACUUGCAAGAAGGUUUUCUUUAGUGAUGAGCAUUUGAAAAUUCAUUUACGGAGUCAUAAGAAAGAAAUGUUAACCAGCUGCACUUUGUGUAGAGAGAAGUUUUACACAUGGUUUCAUUAUGCCUCGCAUAUGGUGCAUAAACAUGGGGAGUGUAAUAUGUUUACAUGUGAUGUGUGUAGUGCUAAGUUUGCAAGUAUCAACUUUUUGAAGAGUGAAAUGAAAGUUGAUGGAAAGUUAUCCUACUUUAAAUGCAUCAUGUGUAGUAAUUAGUCAAUUAAAACUUAGUUAAACAAGGAUGAAAAGACAAAUGGCUAUAAAUUUCUGGGAAGCCUUAAUGGCAAAUAUAAAACCGUAAACCUUUUGCUACAGACUGCCUGUAACCUUGGAAGCCAUCUGGCUCAGAAAGCCACUUAUUUCAUGUAAAUUUUAUUCAAGAAUUUGCAGCAUAUUUAUACCUGUAGGUAAAGCCACUUGCAUAUAACAACUUGGCUCUUACAAGAUUGGUCUUUGUAGACAGGAUUUUUACUGACCAAUACCACCUUAUUUUGUUGGCCUUCUCAUCCCCUACAGCUAACUAAGUCACCUAUUUAGUGUUCAUUUUUAAUUCUUUUUUUGUUUCAGUCACAAAUAUUUUGAAGAUAAACAAAUCAGAUGAUAUUAGUCAGUGAAACUUAUUCUUUUAACUUAAAUAGACUUAUGAAGCUAUGAUCAUAGUACAUGAACAACUGCUGCUAGAGAAAAGAAUAAGAUUAAACUUGCAAAAAUUCAAAAUACUACUAUCUGACUUCUCUAAAAUUUAAUUGUUCACUAAUUUUCAAAGUUGCCUGACAAUUCACUGACCUUUAAAAAGAAAUCCAAACUUUUUAAGGUUGGUGGCAAUGCUGUGUACAAUUGUGUAAGAGCCAUUUCUAAAUUUGAUGGGUCUUUUCUGGGAGCGGACAGUCUGUCACAGUUAUCCACGUUCUUUAAAAAAUUCAAAAAUGCUUGUUUUAUUUAUAUGUUCUGAAACAAUACAACAUGUAAAAUUGAAUACUAAAAUGGAAGUAUUUAUUGAAAUUGAGUUUUUAUAUUUAUUAAGUACAUUCUACAAGUACAUCCUUUGUAUUUAUUGACUGCAGUUUUAACUGUAUCCAGACAGCUUGAGUUUAAUAAUGUAAUCUGUUUGCUUGAUGAGAUGAAGAACACAAAACAGUGAUCACUUUUUGAUUGUGGGGGAUUUUUUUAAGUUUCUAGAAAAUGUACACAGUAUUUGCAGGAACAUAAUUGCAGUACUGAGUAUAACAAAUAGGAUAUUUAUGGAAAAAUACAGUUUCUACCCAAAAAUUGUUUUGUGUUAUUGGCAUUGAUAUAAAAUUAAGACCUUUAACAAUAUACAUGCGUAAAAAGCAGAGUGGGCAAGUCUGUCCCUUAAAUUCUGUCAAAAGUGCUUUCAGUUUUUAUAAAUGUAUUCACAUGAUAGAAUUUUUCUCUGGAAUUAGCCCACGAGUAAAGUUGAACCUGACCUUUGAAAUUAAACUCUUAGAAUGGUUGGUACUUUCUUACUGAUACAUUGAAGAUGAAGGCUGUACAUAAACCAAUAUGCAAAAGCAGUACAUUCUGAGGCGCCUUUGGAUAUUGUUGGAAUUGUUUAUAACUUAUUUGUUCAUACUUUACAUUUGUUAUAAAUUCUGAAAAAUACUGGGUUAUUCAGUAAAACCUUGGUCUGGCCCAAUGAUCACAAAACAUCUUUUGCAAUUUAGAUAUAAAUGACACAUAAAUAAGGUUUCAUUAGCCAAGACUGAAAAUGUUUUGAGCACACCAGGCUAUGUUCUUUUUUUUCUCUGAUGUUGUAAAUGUAUGAAUAAUGCAUGUCCACAAAAUGGCAGGAUGUUACUGUUUUACUUGUUGGUCAUAUUUGAAUGAAGGGAUAAAUAAAAACUGUUACCAGUUCA